AUGGCCGAGCGGGAGGCAUCAUCGUCAGCUGCUGAUGUCGAAGAAGAACGCCGGCUCCCCAGCGGAGGGCGGCGACGGUACGUCGGCUCAGUGGAGCUGGGCGGCGCGGCCGGGCAAGUCAACACCAACGACGUCGUCGAAAUCGCGGAUCAACCAGGUCGCCAACAACAAGGCGCCGUGGCCCAGGUGCUGUCGAUGUGGGAGGAUGAUUUAACGGGGGCGGUUAAGUUCCGCGCGCGAUGGCUGGUGCGCUCCUCGGAUCUGUCAAAGGAGGCCUUGUCAAGGCUUCGAACGGGCCGCAGCCGGUCUGCGGGCGACGGCAGCGGCGAGGAGGAGCCAGAUUUGAAAGGCAAUUCUUUGCCCGAUCAAUCUCGAGAGACGGACGACGACGACGGCGAGGUUUUUCUCACGACCAAGGAAGAAGAUCUCGACGCGGAUGCAAUGGUGAAGCCAGUAGCGAUCUCUGUGGCCGCGAGCGCGACGAUCGACACCCUUCGAAAACCGAAGCGAAAGACUGGGCCCCGACUUACCCACGCCUUCGACGCUUCCUCCGGCGACUUUACCCCCGUGAAGGAUACGCACGCAAUCAUCACGCGCGCCAGAGCUCGCCAGGCGGAGGGCCUUGCAAGCGCAUCAAGUGUCCCCGAGAACAGCGCUGCUGGGAAGGGCAGUAAGCCCGUGGCACAGGGUCGCCCGUGGUUUCUACCAAAGCGGAAAGAAAGUCAGGCGGCUGGCCGCGGGAGGGACAUGGCGGAAACGCCAGCGCGUGGCACCAGCAGGGAACAAGAUUCUAGUGUCAACAACGGGCAUCCUAGCGUCGCCACCGACUCGGAGGACCGGGGGAUUGAGAAGGACGAACACCAAGAAGGCAGCGACGACAACGACGACGAGAAAAAAUCAAGCAGAGUUAGCGACGCUGCGGCCGCUUCCGCUCCCCCCGCCUCCGCCGACAGCAGCAGCGAUGAAGCCUUUACACCGAGGAAGUCGGGCCGGCAGAAGAAGCUUCGGCAGUCGCCGAACGGCCGCGAGGCUGUGGAGGUUCCGUGGCACGGGCGCCGUCCCGGCGUUUCGGAGGUUGAGCGCCAAGGACCGCCUCGCCCCGCUCGUUCUCGACGCCUGGUGAUGACUGCCGCAGACCCCCCUCGCACUCGACGCCUGGCGAUGCCUCCCGCGGAUACAGCAGGGGCCGCUGCAAAGUGUGCAGAGGGCGGCGCCGUGCCCCACGCCGCCGACGUGAGAGGGUCCCCUGGCUCUGUGCGGACGCGCCGGUCUGCCGCGGGUGCAGCGGGAGCUCCGCCGUCGCUGAUGGGGGGCUCAACGGCACCUACCGCCAAGCUAAUACUUUCGGGCAAGAGGAAGCGAACUCCCACCGCCAAGCGCAUGGAGGGGGACAACGAGUCAUGCGAGGCAGAAGCGCCUGAUUUCAUCCCGCCCCGGCGGACUCUCGUCGGUGAGGACCACCAGGUGGAUAUUCCAGACGUUCUGCCUGCCGAGGAUAGAAGCAAAGCGGCGGCGGCAGGCCGUGCCGAAGGGACCGGCGCCGAGAUGUGCGAAGAAGCGGCCCUGGAGGCGCUGGUGAAAACGAACUGCGUCCUUGACAACUUCGAGCCGGCCCUCAAAAUGCUGGCGGAUAGCACGACGUCGCCGGAGAGCUUACAGCCGUGGUCGCUGGAUCAGGUUAGAACCCUCGAGGCCGCGCUGGACAAAGAUUUUGACGUCAACGGGCGUUCGCAGGGCUGGGCUCGACCCGGGAUAGACAUGGACCGUGAGGACUGCAUAGACAUCGCUAAAGUUAGCAAGGAGGUCCCGGGAAAAACGCCCGCACAGGUGUUGCAAUUCUACUUCAGAUAUCUUGCUGCCGCAAGGCCUCUGACAGAUGUCGUCUACGGUCCAGAGGCGGCCGAGGCACGAAAGAGAGAGAAGCUCUCAGGCGACGACUCGGACGUGGAGGUACCGGUGACCCCUCGGGGGGCCGCCGGACGACCCGCCCGAAGCGGCUCAGACACCACUCCGUCCCGUCGUGUCACGAAGCAAGAGCCUGCCGGAACGCGCAGAGUCAGCCCCUCUCCUAACGGCAGCGAAGAACCCCGCGAGGCGACCACGAGCCCGAAAGGCACCGGGUCGCGCACGGCAUCGACCUCCGGCCUGUCAAUGGGGGGCGACGGCCCGCGUACCGGUGACGAUGGUAGCGGCAGCACUCACGGGACACGAAAAGACCGCCCCUCGGGAGGGAACGAAGCGGCUCCCGGGCCCCUUCCGCGUGACGCGGGGGGGGUACUGCAGGCGGACAGCGGUGAUGAUAGAAGCAAUCAUCGCACGUCUCGAACAUCAGCACCUGUCGCUCGUGGCCCUGGAGAGCAAGACUCACGGUCCAGCCAGGCUGUCCCUCAGAGGAGGGCUGUGUGGCGGCCUAUAUUAACCCCAGCGCCAAAUCAGCGCCCGUCGGAAGGACUUUCGAUGCCACCGCGCUCGGUGCCGGGCAGAGUACGAGACCAGCGUUCUGAUGGUGGGAGUGAUGUGGUCAUGGCAGAGGGUCGGUCAGGCUUUGGUGGAGGUGACCAAGUGUUUGGGUUCAUGGCUCCGUGCUGGCAUCUGUUGGAGAGGGCGCAGGCCUACAUGGACCCGGAUCAACUUUCUUACAUGAAAGGUCUCAUCCUCGCUCAUCUCAGGAGGCCCAUGUCAAGGGAUCAGUUCUUCGAGUUCUUGCGAGGUAGUCUGUCGUUGGACGACUACGGUCUUGGGUGUGCAUGUGGAGCUUACACACUCUUGCAUUUUCUCGGGGCCCUCACCCCCACCCCACCCUUGCGUUUUUCCACGCCGCACUUUCGAUGCCACAAGCUGCUGAAGAGGGUCAAGAGUUGCCUUCACGAGCAACAGCACAUCUACACCGCCUUUGUCAAGAUGUUUGACCACGUUGACCAGACCCCCCUGAUGCCGCUAUUUCCGGCGACGAGAAGGACCCCGGCGGCCAUGCCACCCCGAGGACAUGUCCCUCAUGCCGCCGUUGCCGCCUACCCUCCCCCGGUAGAAGGUCGUCCCUACAUGAUACGCCCCGGCACGACGCUAGGGAGUGGCGGCGGCGGCGGCGGCGGCAGCAGCGACAGCGUGCUAAGGGGGGCGGCGCCGUCCUAUUUCUACCCGGGAAUGGCUGCUGCUCCCGGAGCCGGUCGCACGAGUGCCCGCCAGUGGUCGAUGCCACCGCACGGAGCAGCAAGUGCCAGCGUCGGCGGCGACGGUUACAGCGGAAUGCAUAAAGGAAGAGCUGGGGGUGGAGACGCUCUUCUUCAUCGUGGUGCGUACCCUCCUCCUAUGCACGCUACUGCCGCUUACCAAGGCCGGCGAGACGUGCAUGACAGGGAUAGGGAUAUGGAACGGAGGGAGGCAUGGUCUGCACAGCAGCAGUCCCAGCAGCAGCCGAGGCCGCGGGGGGUUAAUGGUUCGGCGGUACGCCCGCCAACCGGACAUGCGUCGGCUAGAUGGAUGCCCGGCCCUACGGAAGCGUCCUGGGGGGGCGGCGGCGGAGAUGUUUACCGCUGAAAAUAGAGAGCUGCCUGAGAUGGUGUGCGGAUUGUUGAUAUUGUUUGCAUGGUUGCUUUUGCAACAUGACCUUGUGCGAGUUUUGCUACGUUUUGGCCUGUCUUAAGCUUUGGGGGGUGAAUGCGGCACGGCCCGGCACUUCUACACACGAUAUUUUCUGCAUCGUCCUACGCCGUUCUGUAAGUAAACCUCACGCAGCAACACCCUUUUUUUAUUUGUAUGUGAUUUUCCCUCAAGAGGUGCCAGUCAGACACAUUUUACUGAAGGCUUCUCGUUCUUUUGUUCUUCCACCCAUCGGCAAUUCUUGAGUUCUAGGUAGUUAUUAAUAGACGACGUGUGCUCACGGUAGCGCUUUUUAGUUACAGGAGUACUGUAGU